GGCUGGAGUUUAGAUGAUGCACAAAGCAAGAAGUCACUUUUCCACGGGUCUCCUAACUGACACGCGCUCAAUCUUGAAAACAAAAUCCUUUUAAAAUCUAACAUACUGAGUUUGGAGCUGUUUAUUCUUCUUCUCGUGCUUACAGAAACAUACUGGAAUUUAACUAUGACUAUCAUUAUGCCAUAUUGUGCGUCGUUUCUCUCUUUUCCACUCAAAUUGGUGUUACAAAUCUGAUCCAAAAUGAAGUUUGGGAAGAAUAUAUGCAUCCUAAACGUUGGUGGCACCAAAUAUGCUUUCACUAGAGAAGUUAUAAAGGAUUUUCCCCUCCGAAGAGUGAGCAGACUGCACAGCUGUUCCUCUGAAAAAGAGGUCUUGGAGGUAUGUGAUGAUUAUGACCGAGAGAGGAACGAGUUUUUCUUCGACAGGCACUCCGAGGCUUUUGUCUUUAUUAUGCUUUACGUGCGAUCUGGAAAGCUCAGGUUCGUCCCGCAGAUGUGCGAGCUUUCCUUUUACAACGAGAUGAUCUACUGGGGUUUGGAGAGCUCACAUUUGGAGUUUUGCUGCCAGCGACGAUUGGAGGAUAGGAUGUCCGACACUUACACGUACUUUUCAGAGGAGGACAUCAAGGCUGAGGUGGAGUCCAGAGGAGAGGAGGAUCAGGUCACCAGGUUCUCCUCCGAGAGAGGGAACGCGCGGUGGCUGGAGAGGAUGCGGAGGACUUUUGAGGAACCAGCUUCCUCUGUCGCUGCGCAGAUCCUGGCUUCAGUGUCAGUGGUUUUUGUUAUUAUGUCUAUGGUCAUCCUCUGCGCGAGUACUCUACCGGACUGGGAUACAGCAAAAAACAACACAGUGGAAGAACACAGGAUCAUCGAGGCAGUAUGCAUUGGCUGGUUCACAGCCGAAUGCAUAGUGCGCUUCAUUGUCUCACGGGACAAAUGUGAGUUUGUGCGCCGCCCCCUUAACAUUAUUGACCUCCUGGCGAUCACUCCUUACUACGUGUCUGUCACUGUGACAGCGCUAACAGGAGAAAACCCUCAACUACAGCGUGCAGGAGUCACCCUGCGUGUACUACGAAUGAUGCGCAUCUUUUGGCUAAUCAAGCUGGCACGUCACUUCCUCGGGCUGCAGACGCUCGGGCUGACGCUGCGCAGGUGCUACCGUGAGAUGGUCAUGCUGCUGGUGUUUGUCUUCGUCGCGAUGGCGAUAUUCAGCGCCCUGGCACAGCUAUUGGAGCACGGCCUUGACCUGGAGACUAGCAAUGAGGACUACGCCAGCAUCCCGGCAGCCUGCUGGUGGGUUAUUAUCUCCAUGACGACUGUCGGCUAUGGAGACAUGUACCCCAUCACCAUCCCGGGACGCGUGCUGGGUGGCGUGUGCGUUGUGAGUGGCAUUGUGCUGCUGGCUCUGCCCAUUACCUUUAUCUACCACAGCUUUGUGCAGUGCUACCACGAACUCAAAUUCCGCUCAGCACGCUGCGUGCGAAGUCUCUCUUCUGAGUUUCUCAACUAACUGUAGCAUAGAUCGUCCUGAGAACCUGCUGGUCUUCAGCGUAGUAAAAUCACCUGCUCUUCUGUGCCUUUAUACUGAAACAAGAUCUGAAAUAUAGCGAAGGAAUGCGCUGCUUCUAAUGUGGAAAAAUCAGCAUUUAGACUCUCUUUGCGAACCUGUUAUAUCCAAAUAAUAGCACAAGUACCUCUGUACUCAAGGACACAUUCUGGAAUUCGUUGAUUUUGGACAGUACAGGCAUCUGGAGCAAUUUCUGUAUUACAGAAUAAGGCAAAAGAGACAAAUCCCCAACUCAAAGCUGGAAAAUGCACAAUAAAGCAUUACAAUCCAAAGGAAAUACAUUAGCCAAUGUUUGUGUUGUAAACCCCUUCCUGUGUGAACGAACAAAACCGAUCCAACAGCAUUUCCCUUGUAUGAAAUGGACAACUGUGGCAUUUGACGACUACAGAUGGCCAGGCUGCUUGGAACAGGCAUCUGGCGGGACCUUGUGUCCUGACAGUGCUCCAGCCUAGAAGGAGCUUACACGAAUUCUCAUGUUUCCAUGGAGAGGUCCCUCUGACUUGUUAAAUCAUUAAUUCAGCUCCCAGUAAAGCGGUAAUGCAAGGGGAACUAAAGUGAAAGGUUUUAGACUGGCCAAAUAGCACUAAUACGUUGAAAAGGCCUGCUCACACUAAGGACGGUAACUGUAAUGAUAACAAUAAAGAUAAGUCCCCCUGCAGUCACAAAUUUUUUAUAGCAAAAUUAAAUGUUUUCCCCCAUUAAAAUAUAUUUUAUCUUAAAAUGGCUUGAAUAUAACUCUUAACUCUUAACAUUUAGUGUAUUUGACCCUGGACCACAAAACCAGUCAUAAGGGUCAAUAUUUUGAGAUUUCCAUUGAUGUAUGGUUAGUUAGGAUAGGACAAUAUUUGGCAAAGAUACAACUGUUUGAAAAUCAUGAGUCUGAGGGUGCAAAAAUAUUGAGAAAAUCGCCUUUUAAAUCAUCCAAACGAAGUCCAUAGCAAUGCAUAUUACUUUUGGCAUAAAAUAAAACUGUAUAUAUAAUUUUGACCCAUACAAUGUAUUUUUGGCUAUUGCUAUAAAUAUACUUCUACUUGUGCUUUUGUGGUCCAGGGUCACAUAUGCCAAUAAGCCCCAGCACCCAUUUAAUCACAUGAGCUCAGGCUACCUGUUUCCCUUCCAAUCAGUUAACUGAAGUAGUAAACACUACACAAUGCCAAGUGACAGAACUGUGUGGAUGCUAAUAUGGUUAUAGUUAUCUUUAUAGUUAGUUCUUGGUUUGAACGGGCCUAAACACGUAUUGUUUUGACAUCACAGUCACUUUGGAAUGUGCCAUUUUAAAUAAAGUUAAAGGUCUUACUCAUAGAUUGAUAUUACAUUACUAAGUCACAAAAAACAAACAUCAGCUGUUCAUCCAGACAGCAACAAAUCUGCAACCUGUCCAUACACGACUGUGUGAAUCGAGAGGCGUUAACUAAAUUGAUUCGCAAACACCUCACCCACACGCUCACCAGUAGGAGGGCUGUCACUCGCUUCCUUCUUCCUCUAUGAAUACAAGCACAAAAUCAAACCUAUUUUCCUCAUUCAAAGAUCUUUCUGAAUUUAUGUGUCUCUUGGAAUAAAAAGAUGGAUUUUGGAUUGUAUUUAGUGAGAUAUGUUGCAUAUGAUAUGAUUCAUUAGGGGACAUACAGUAAAUUUUAUAAUAGUUUUUCAUGAUAUAGAAGGAUCAUUAAGAACACUUUGAAAAUAUAUGGAUUUAAGGUUAUAAAUCUACAGAUCAUUUGGCUAAAUUGAUGACAAUGACAAAAUCAAGAUAGAGUUCAACUGCAUUGUUUAAUUCCGGUUAUCCUCUAAUGACAUAAUUUGUCUUUAGUCUAAAUUGUCAUGUCAGAGUAGGGAUCUUAUUUGGAUAAUUGAAAAAAACAUUGGUUGGUUGAUGUCACACCACACAAUGCUUAUUUUUGCAUCUGUAAGGAGAUGUAUGCCUUUAUAUCUGUAUCAAUUUUUUGUAGCUAUGUAUUUGUGGCUAUUUUGGAAGGGUCGUAAUGAUGCGAAUGAAAUCUCAUGUAGCUCUAUUCUGUAACUGAAAAUGUUUUUUGAUUGGUUAAGACAAGGUUAUUUAUGUGUAUGAAGAAAAUAAAGGAAUGUUUAUGGA